GGUGGCGUCAUGUGAUCCGCUUCCCUGCUCCUUUAAGCGUCCACAGGCGGCGGAGCGGCCACAAUCACAGCUCCGGGCACUGGGGGAGCCCGAGCCUGCCGCGGGCGCCUUCCGUACAGGUCCCGUCCCCGCCGCGCUCCGCGCCCCCGAAGUUUCGCAGCGCCCAGAAGGACAGCGAGCGAGCGAGGGGGGAGGGAGAGAGGGGAGGGAGCGAAAACCACAAGCUAAAACAUUUAUUUCAAGGCGAAAAGAAAAAGGGGGGGCGCAGAAAUGGCUGGGGCCAUAAUAGAGAACAUGAGCACCAGGAAGCUGUGCGUCGUCGGCGGGAUCCUGCUGGCCUUCCAGGUGGCCGCCUUCCUGGUGGGAGGCCUGAUCGCCCCGGGGCCCACAACAGCUGUGUCCUACAUGUCCGUGAAGUGUGUGGACGUCCGUAAGAACCAUCACAAGACCAAGUGGUUAAUGCCUUGGGGACCCAAUCAGUGUGACAAGAUUCGGGACAUCGACGAAGCCAUUCCAAGGGAGAUCGAGGCCAAUGACAUCGUGUUCUCUGUCCACAUCCCCCUGCCCUCCAUGGAGAUGAGCCCCUGGUUCCAGUUCAUGCUGUUCAUCCUGCAGCUGGACAUUGCAUUCAAGAUGGACAACCAGAUCAGAGAAAAUGCAGAAGUUUCCAUGGAUGUCUCCUUGGCCUACCGUGAUGACAUGUUUGCUGAGUGGACUGAGAUGGCCCACGAGAGAGUACCCCGGAAACUCAAGUGCACCUUCCCAUCUCCCAAGACUGCUGAGCAUGAGGGCCGAUACUAUGAGUGCGAUGUCCUUCCUUUCAUGGAAAUCGGGUCUGUGGCUCAUAAGUUUUACCUUUUAAACAUCCGGCUGCCCGUGAAUGAAAAGAAAAAAAUCAACGUGGGCAUUGGAGAAAUCAAGGACAUUCGGUUUGUGGGGAUCCACCAAAACGGAGGCUUCACCAAGGUGUGGUUCGCCAUGAAGACCUUCCUCACACCCAGCAUCUUCAUCGUCAUGGUGUGGUACUGGAGGAGGAUCACCAGGAUGUCCCGACCCCCUGUGCUCCUGGAAAAAGUCAUCUUUGCCCUUGGCAUUUCCAUGACCUUUAUCAACAUCCCCGUGGAGUGGUUUUCCAUCGGGUUUGAGUGGACCUGGACGCUGCUGUUCGCUGACAUCCGGCAGGGCAUCUUCUACGCGAUGCUUCUGUCCUUCUGGAUCAUCUUUUGCGGAGAGCACAUGAUGGAUCAGCACGAGCGGAACCACAUUGCAGGGUAUUGGAAGCAAGUCGGUCCCAUAGCCGUCGGCUCUUUCUGCCUCUUCGUAUUUGACAUGUGUGAGAGAGGUGUGCAGCUCACUAAUCCAUUCUACAGCAUCUGGACUACAGAUGUGGGGACCGAGCUGGCUAUGGCCUUCAUCAUCGUGGCUGGGAUCUGCCUCUGCCUCUACUUUCUGUUCCUGUGCUUCAUGGUGUUCCAGGUGUUCCGGAACAUCAGCGGGAAGCAGUCCAGCCUGCCGGCCAUGAGCAAGGUGCGGCGGCUGCACUACGAGGGCCUGAUUUUCAGGUUCAAGUUCCUCAUGCUCAUCACCUUGGCCUGUGCUGCCAUGACCGUCAUCUUCUUCAUCGUUAGUCAGGUAACAGAAGGACAUUGGAAAUGGGGCGACGUCACAGUCCAAGUGAACAGUGCCUUUUUCACAGGCAUCUACGGGAUGUGGAACCUGUACGUCUUUGCGCUGAUGUUCUUGUACGCACCGUCCCAUAAGAACUACGGGGAGGACCAGUCCAAUGGCGACCUGGGUGUCCACAGUGGGGAGGAACUCCAGCUCACCACCACCAUCACCCACGUGGACGGGCCCACAGAGAUCUACAAGCUGACCCGCAAAGAGGCCCAGGAGUAGGAGGCCUCAGUGCCCGGCAGGGACAGGCUGUCUGCCCCCCAGCCCUCUAACUAGGGUGGGGAGGUGCUGGGGAGAGCCCAGUGCACAGAUGGAAGCCUCCCGUCUCUGAACUGUGGCUCCUUGGACCAGCAGCAUGGAUGUUUUUAGUCUGCCUUCUGACGGUAGCUUUGGAGGAAGAUUCCUGCAGCCAAGAUGUUGUGUAUGAUAACAAAAACUCUAGUAUGACACGUUUCCUGUGAUCAUUGUUAAUUAGUGACAUAGUAACAUCUGUAGCAGGUGGUUAGUAAACUUCAUGUGUUGGGGGUAUACUCCUUGGGGGAUGGUUUGCACGGAUGGGGAGUGGAAUAUUUGACUUUUUUCCUGUUUUAGAUUCUAGGGUAGAUGUUAACCUCCUCGGCAGCCCCGGUCCAAGGUAGGCUGGUGUCACAGUUCUCACUCCUAACCCAUGACCACUUUUUUUUCUUUAUUUAUGUCACCAGCUGGCCUACUGAGUUCAUAUUUAAGUUGUCAAUAGAUAUGUGUCCCUACUUUUGUGGCAUAAUAAGAAAUAACUGAAUUUCAUGAGAAGGUCUUUCCCACCAGGGGUAUUUCAGCUUUGAAACCAAAUCUAUGUGUUCAGUACUAACCCAGCUGUUGGAUGUGGGUUUAAAAAAUGUUUGCUAAACAACCCAGGUAGGAUUUAUCAUAUUAAAUGGCCUUUGGGUCUGAAAAGCUUUUUUAACCUCUUGCUUAAAAUGUGUUUUAUUUUGAUAAGGUGCUUCGAACCGUCUCCAUGAGUGUAGACCCAAUCAUUUAAAUAAACCUGCAUGCCUGCAUACACUCCACACAUCCCGUCUGCUCACCCUGCACACUGCACGCCACCCUCUUCAGGUUAAGUCUAGAGCUGGGGGGAGGGUGGGGAAAUAACUUUAUGAAAAAUUAAAGUAUUUUGCCAUCAAAUCAAA